AUGACAAAGCCAAAUUUUGCGAUAACAAAACCAAAGGCGACAGGAAUGAACAAUGAAGAAGGAGGAGGCGAAAGAGAAAUUGGAAAGGAAGAGGAACCACAAACUAACAAAAAAACAGACAGAUUUAUUAGAUUUCCGCCUCGUUCAUUCCAAAGAAAAAUUGAAACCGUUUUAACGGCAUUGGAACUAACAAAUGAAACGCAAAAAGAUAAUAACAACAAUAAUAAUAAUAAUAAUAGUUGUCAACGUUUGCUUAGCAACGUGACAAGCCAAUGUACUUUUCUUAUCGCUUUUCAUUUCGCAACGAUCAGAAAUGGUGAUUUGCAGCUAUCAGUGGCAUGUUUGACUUGUUCCAUGCUUCUCACCGGUUUUAACUUCUUUCGUUUUACAUCAUCCGCAUGGACGACCUAUCUUCUGUCAUGCGCUUACAUUGGAAUGAGAGCAGGUCGAUGGCAAAGUUACGCUCAUUCGAUCGCCUACUGCGGUAUGUGCACGUUUCAAACACUCAUUUACAUGUCAACAAUGUGCUGGCUUGUCUAUUCGGUUUACGCAUUGAAUCGAACAAGUGACUAUAACUUCGGUUUUCCAGGUCAUAUCAACGAUUUCAUUCUACUCUUAACUUGCGGAGAAGUCCUUUCGAUUAUGGGAACAGUCGUUACAGGAAUUCUCGGUUUAAUUGGCUGUUGUCGCGGUUUUGGACGACUCCUUCAAGCACAGGAGGAGAUGAUUUUGGAACGUCGACUUUUGCUUCAAAAAUACGAGCCAACUACUACUCCUCAACGUUUUCCCAUGCAUUUAUAA